AUGGAAUUGAACUAUAAUUCCAAUUCUUCAAAUUCAAGUGAGGAUGAACUGAACGAGUAUUUGUUAAUGGAUUUCAUCGAAGAAAAUCGUGAAGUGCAAGCAGUGGAGGAUGCAAUAAGAUACUUUGUUAACUCCACUGCAGAAAGAGAUAGAAGUCAUGAUCUACGUCAGCGAAAAAAGAGAACUUACUUUCUUAGAGAUCGGGAAUCAGCAAAUGAACGUUUAGUUGCUGAUUACUUUUGUAACCAACCAUUAUACGAUGAGCGCCAAUUUCAGCGUAGAUUUCGCAUGAGGAAACACGUAUUCAUUUGCAUUGUAGAUACCUUAAGUGUCGAUGAUCGUUUCUUCCAGCAACAUCCAGAUGCAUGUAAGCAACAAGGUGCUACAGCUCUUCAAAAGUGCACAACAACUAUAAGAAUGGUAGCAUAUAGAUGUGCAGCUGAUCAAAUCGACGAGUAUUUGAAACUUGGUGCUACUACAUCCAAGGAGUGUCUUGCUCAUUUUGUUGAUGGUGUGAUAGCACAGUUUUCAGCCACAUACCUUCGAAAAUCGACACUUGACGAUCUCCAACAUCUCCUUAGAGAAGGGGAAGAUAGAGGCUUUCAUGGUAUGAUUGGAAGCAUCGACCGCAUGCAUUGGGAAUGGAAAAAUUGUCCCGUUGGUUGGAAAGGAAUGUAUUAA